AUGCAGUGGGAAACAGACAAAGGGUGGGCUGCCUGCGCAAGUGCUGAGUAUGGUGGUUGCAACAAUACCUGGUCAUGGAGCGGUCCCGAGCUGGACGACACUUGCUUUGGUCACAAUGGCGAACUCGCUCCUGGCUUUUCCUGGCAGGGAAAUCCAGACAUGUUUUUCAGAUGCCAAAUCAACGGAGAAAACGUUUCGCCUGGACUUCCGACUCCAUGUGCAACACACGAUUGUGACGACAAUGAACGCUGUGUUAAUAGUGAUGAUAUGACAAGUUAUUCUUGUGAGUGCAGAGAUCCAGUCAACAAUCCGUGCAAGUCGACUUGCGCGGUCUCAUCGAUUCCCGAUGCUCUGUCGCCUUCGGGCGAGGCCUUCCUUUGGCGAUGUAACAAAGUCGCCAAUGGCAAACGAAGAUGCAAGGUCAGAUGUGUUGGAAGCAAAGAAAAAGAAAACUACACAGUCGCUUGCGUCAGCAAAAACAACAAAAAUAACUGGAGCGUUUUUUGGAAAACUACCGGAUCACCGCCGAGUUGCUCCUUUUCUCCGAAAAAAUGUACAGCAGAUUCGAUUCUGGCUAGUUUCUCCCCCAAUGGCGCUCACACAUGGAAGUGCAAGCGCAACAAUGUUGGAAGUAACUGCAAGGUCAAGUGCGAAAAUGGAUCGGAGGCGGGAAAUUUCGUCGUUCGAUGCAAAAACAAAAAGAAUAUUUGGACGGAGAAAUGCCUCCGACAUGCUAAAACUCGUUCCUGCGACGAUUCUAUACUUGUCGGAGUUCUUUUGUUUCUCCGGGAUGAAAAUGACAUUCCAAUACUGGAAGAUUUCGAUGAUGCUGGAGGUUUUGAUUUUCUUAAGCCAUUGGCAAGAUUAUCCGGAAAACACGAAGAAAAGGAAAGAAUUUUCAAUAUAACAGCUGAAAUUCAAGGAAAAAUGGUUGAGGGCCUGCUUGUCACGGGACGAUUUUAUUUCGAGGAUGCGAAAAAGACUUGUGAGGACCGAGAAAUGGCUCUUCCGAAGAAACCUUUCAGACUCUUGAACUUAGAAAGCAUGGAUUUCGGGAAAUAUAACCCUCGUUGUUUUACUCGAGCCGCUUUUUGGAUAGAUGAUGAUAACACAAAUUAUCCAGAGUACAUUGAAGAGCGAAAGAAGAAAGUGGAUAAUAUGGUCGAUGUUUUGAAAAUUAACGAGAAAAAUGGCCCUCCCUUCUGCGCGUAUAUUUCAGAGGAGCCUCAUUUCUCCACCAGUUUUUUCUGCGAAGACGAGCUAUUCGAUGACUUAGGACGAGCAAUCCUUUACCACGGCAAUUUGAAGGAUCUUAAUUGUCCGAAAAUGAAGAUCAACUCAUCAUUUAUUCGAGAAUAUGGAGUGCUCGAGAGCGAUUUGUUAGAUAAAACCUGGAUCCUGAGAAAAACAACUUAUAAAACGGAAAUCAUUUUUAUUACCUCCAUUUAUACAGGGUUCAAAAAACAACAGUUCAACUCGUCAGAAAGUGGCUUUACUUGGUGCAGGAAAUUGGAAGAACAAAAAACAGAUAUCUACCAAAUAAACCGGUUUUAUAACGAAUGUAUCCUUCUGACGAAAGAAAAGAGUCUUGUCGUCUUGGGAAUGGAAGGAAUCGAGAAUAUGUGCGCCCUUGUCCUUAAAACCUACCUAAAACAUCAACCGAACAAGCUACCAGAAACGACCCUGAAAGAAUUUGACGACUCAUUUCACCACGACCGCGAUUCCUCCGUCGAUUUUGGCUUUAUGGGAAAUUUUCUCAAAUAA